CACACAUGCACACAGCCAGUGGAAGCAUGCAUGAGCUCAGGGUGCUGAAACAUAAGACACGCUAUCCAUCACCCACUAAAUAAUUCUGGAGACCUGCACACCCAUCACAGUGAUGAGUGUAUGAGAGAGGCUGAGAGGGACAGGUUACCAAGGAGACUAAAAUUAUGAACUGCACGUAUCGGUUUCCUGAAGUCUAGAGGAACUUGCUGUUAUGCCUGGCUUCAAUCAGGAGAAUAUAAUGAAGUCGCAGCAGAAGUGUAUUGCUGUGUUUGCACUGGUUUGCUGCUUUGCUGUCCUGGUGGCUUUGAUUUUCUCUGCUGUGGAUGUCUGGGGAGAGGAUGAGGAUGGUGUCACUGAAGAGAACUGCAGCAAUAAUUGUCGUAUUGUGCUUGUGGAGAACAUCCCAGGAGAGCUAUCAUUCAACACCAAUAGUUCAACACAUCUCCCUCUCAUUGUGGGUCUCAACCAGCUUCUGGACCAAGCUAAACUGUCAGUUGAGAUAGUAUCCCCAUAUUGGGCUCUGACCUCCACUGAUCAAGGGUCACGGCUUUAUUCUGCUUAUCAGGGUCAGUUUUUGUUUCAGAGUUUACUAAGUCUGAAGUCUCGAGGUGUCAAAUUAAAGAUUGCCAGUGACCAGCCCAACUCCAUUGAGCUGAAUAGCAUGUCUGACCACUAUGCGGAGGUGCGCUUUGUCAAUAUGACUGCCCUCACCAGAGGUAGACUGCUUUCCUCCUUCUGGGUGGUGGACAGGAAGCACAUUUACAUUGGUAGUGCUGGCAUGAACUGGAUGGCGCUGUCCAAGCUGAAGGAACUUGGUGUGAUAGUGUAUGAUUGUAGUUGUCUGGCUCUAGACCUGCACAGGAUGUUCUCUUUUUACUGGCAGCUGCAGUACAGAGACUACAUCCCCUCUAUCUGGUCCAAGAGAGUCACAGCUGUAUUCAGCAGAGAUGAACCAGCCCAGCUCAGACUCAACAAUACUGAUGCCUCAGUCUUUGUGUCGACAUCGCCAGAGCUCUUUUGCCCCAAGGGUCGAAGUAGAGAUAUAGAUGCAAUUCGACACGUGAUCAGAGAAGCUAAGCAGUUCAUUUACAUCUCUGUAACAGAUUACCUGCCCUUAGUCAACCGCAGCUAUCGAGGAUCAGCAAUUGUAAGGUACUGGUCACCAAUAGACGAUAUGCUCCGGGAGGCUGCAGUUUUGAGAGAAGUUAAAGUUUGUCUCUUAAUCAGUCUGUGGACACACACACAUCCGCUGACCUAUAACUUCAUGACAUCAAUGCAGGCGCUGUGCACAGGACUGCCUGGCUGCUCUAUAGAGGUGUAUGCAUCUGUUUUGAAUCAGAGAUUUUACAGAGGCAAGGAACAGAUGGGAGGAAAUCAGCACAGAAUAAAUGAGAACAAAUUCAUAGUGACAGAUAAUGCAGUAUACAUUGGGAAUCUAGACUGGGUUGGCAGUCACUUCGCAUUCAAUGCAGGAGCCGGGCUGGUGAUUCAGGAAACACAGAGGCAGCGGGAAGGGCAGGACUCUCUUGUAGAGCACAUGACUGCUGCUUUUCAAAGAGACUGGUUUUCACCCUACACAAUGAGCCUGCUUACUGGCAGCAAGACGCUACAAGACAGCCAACCCGGAAAACAGAAUCUGCAAGCUUUGAAAACAAAACUAGAGAGCAGAGAGCGUGAAUGAGCGGAGGGAACUUCUCUGAAGUGGGAUCAAUAAGCCAAGGACUUAUCUGUGCCUCGGAACAUCUGUGUCCUGACUCUACCCAGUUGAAUUUUCAGAUGCUAUCAAUGGAAUUGAAUGGACAUCCCUGAAGGACUUCUAUGAAGGAAAAUAGUAGUGAGUGCUUUCUUUUUUAGAUUACAGCACAGAACAAAAACAGCACUACUGCCACGCAAUUGGCUGAUUAGAUAAUCACAUGGAUGAUUGUAGGUGCCAGAUGGGCUGGUUUGAGUAUUUCUGUAACUUCUAAUCUCCUGGGAUUUUCACAUACAGCAGUCUCUAGAAUUUACUCCAAAUGGUGCCCAAAACAAAAAACAUCCAGUGAGCGGCAGUUCUAUGUAUGGAAAUGCCUUGUUGAUGAGAGAGGUCAACAUAGAAUUUCCAGACUGGUUCGAACUGACAAAGUUCUUAAAUCAAGAACAUUUUUAGUAAAAUAAAAAAAAUCUGAAAUCUGCAUAAAUGCCAACACACACAUACUAAUUAUCCUUUCAUAUGUUGCCUUGAACAGUAGCUGUCAUUGCUUUGUGGUUGAAUAUAUAUUCUGGCACAUUCAGCACUGUGUAUAUAUAAAAUGUUUACAUGAUGCAGCAUGCACAGCUCUUCAAGACUUUAAAGCUUGAAAUAUUUUACAAUAAUAUGCACAAGAAGAGAUUGAUUUUCUUAUGGAAUGCAAACUUUAGCUUUAGCACCCUUUAAAUGUAGCUUUUAUAAGCUAUAGCUUUAUAUAUAAUUCUAUAAUGGACUGUUUUACAUUAAUGCUAUUUUCAAACGUGAUUAUACUGAUUAUGAUUUCUUAGGCCACAUAUGUUGCAUUGAUUUCUCAGUAUACAGUGCAUCCAGAAAGUAUUCACAGCGCUUCCCUUUUUCCACAUUUUGUUAUGUUACAGCCUUAUUCCAAAAUGUAUUAAAUUCAUUAUUUUCCUCAAAAUUCUACAAACAAUACCCCAUAAUGACAACUUCAAAGAAGUUUGUUUGAAAUCUUUGCAAAUUUAUUAAAAAUAAAAAAACAAAAAAAUCACAUGUAUUCACAGCCUUUGCCAUGACAUUCAAAAUUGAGCUAAGGUGCAUCCUGUUUCCAUUGAUCAUCCUUGAAGUGUUUCUACAACUUGAUUGGAGUCCACCUGUGGUAAAUUCAGUUGAUUGGACAUGAUUUGGAAAGGCACACACCUGUCUUUAUAAGGUCCCACAGUUAACAGUGCAUGUCAGAGUGCAAACCAAGUCAUGAACUCCAAGGAAUUGUCUGUAGACCACUGAGACAGGAUUGCAUUGAGGCACAGAUCUGGGGAAGGGUACAGAAACAUUUCUGCAGCAUUGAAGGUGCUAAUGAGCACAGUGGCCUCCAUCAUCCGUAAAUGGAAGCCGUUUGGAACCACCAGUGCUCUACCAAGAGCUGGCCGCCUAGCCAAACUGAGCGAUCGAGGGAGAAGGGCCGUAGUCAGGGAGGUGACCAAGAACCCGAUGGACACUCUGACAGAGUUCCAGCAUUUCUCUGUGGAGAGAGGAGAACCUUCCAGAAGACCAACCAUCUCUGCAGAGUGGCCAGACGGAAGCCACUCCUCAGUAAAAGGCACAUGACAGCCUGCCUGGAGUUUGCCAAAAGGCACCUGAAGGACUUUCUGAGACAGGAUGAAACAAAGAUUGGAGGAAAGACUGGAGGAAACAAGGCGCCGCUCAUCUCCUGGCCAAUACCAUCCCUACAGUGAAGCAUGGUGGUGGCAGCAUCAUGCUGUGGGGAUGUUUUCCAGUGGCAGGAACUGGGAGACUAGUCAGGAUCGAGGGAAAGAUGAAUGCAGCAAUGUACAGAGACAUCCUUGAUGAAAACCUGCUCCAGAGUGCUCUGGACCUCAGACUGGGGUGAUGGUUCAUCUUCUAACAGGACAACGACCCUAAGCACACAGCCAAGAUAACGAAGUAGUGGCUACGGGACAACUCUGUGAAUGUCCUUGAGUGGCCCAGCCAGAGCCCAGACUUGAACCCGAUUGAACAUCUCUGGAGAGAUCUGAAAAUGGCUGUGCACUGACACUCCCCAUCCAACCUGAUGGAGCUUGAAGUCCUGCAAAGAUGAAUGGGAGAAACUGCCCAAAAAUAGGUGUGCCAAGCUUGUAGCAUCAUACACAAAGACUUGAGGCUGUAAUUUUCAUUUUCAUUUAAUUUAAUAAAUUUGCAAAGAUUUCAAACAAACUUCUUUCACGUUGUCAUUAUGGGGUAUUGUCGAAUUUU